CUGUGCCUGCCACUGGCUUUCUGCACACCCUCACAGCAGUUAUUAAGCUACUCAAACACACCAUCACAUCCACGCCUGCAGCAGUAAACAUAUGGAGUACUACUGCUUCCUCCUGCUCUGGAUUUGCAGCCAGCAUUUAGGGUUCCACGACUGCUUCAAUAUUGACAUAAAGACACCAAGAAUCAUCAAAGGUCCUAAGCAAGCCCAGUUUGGAUACACUGUUCAGCAACAUGUUGCUGCAGGAGGAGAUAAAUGGUUAUUAGUGGGAGCGCCAUAUGAAAACACUGGGAAUUUCCAAACAGGGGAUGUAUAUAAAUGUGCAGUUAACAAACGAACUAAUGGCAACAGUUGCUCGAAGCUCAAUUUAGGAAAGAUAUCUCUGACCAACGUAUCAGAACGAAAGAACAAGAUGAGGCUGGGUAUGACGCUCGUGUCUAACCCCAAAGACAGCAGCUUUGUGGCUUGUGGACCAUUAUGGUCAUAUGAAUGUGGCAGUUCUUACUACAGUACUGGAAUAUGCUCCAAAGUUAAUGCAAGCUUCAAGUUUUCCAGAACGAUUAUCCCUGCCUUUCAGAGAUGUGAAACCUUUAUGGACAUAGUCAUUGUUCUCGAUGGCUCCAACUCCAUCUAUCCCUGGUCUGAAGUGCAGAACUUUCUCAUAAACAUUCUGCAGAAGUUCCAUGUUGGACCAGGUCAAAUACAGGUUGGGGUUGUCCAGUAUGGUGAGAAAGUGGUGCAUGAAUUCAAACUCAGUGACUACAAAUCAGUGGAGGAGGUGGUAAAAAGGGCUCGCAGCAUUGAUCAGCGGGGUGGAGAGGAGACCAACACGGCUCUUGGCAUCAGUACAGCUCGCUCACAAGCUUUCAAGCAAGGAGGUCGACGGGGGGCCAAGAAGGUAAUGAUAGUUAUAACUGACGGAGAGUCACAUGACAACGCAGAUCUCCAACAGGCCAUUGAGGACAGCGAGAAGGAUGGCAUUACUCGUUAUGCCAUUGCUGUGCUCGGCUACUACAACCGCAGAGGAAUUAAUCCUGAAGCCUUCCUAAAUGAAAUCAAAUACAUCGCCAGUGACCCCGAUGACAAACACUUCUUUAAUGUGACAGAUGAGUCAGCUCUGAAUGAUAUUGUCGAUGCUCUUGGGGAGCGAAUAUUUAGCCUUGAAGGAACCAGUAAGAACGGAACGGCGUUUGGCCUCCAGAUGUCUCAGGCAGGUUUUUCCGCACACAACGUGGAGGAUGGGAUUCUGGUGGGUGCAGUUGGUGCUUAUGACUGGAAUGGAGCGGUGUUGAAGGAAACACGACAGGGGAAGGUGAUCCCCCCAAAGUCAUCCUACAUGCAGGAGUUUCCUGAAGAGCUCAAAAACCAUGGUGCAUACUUAGGAUAUACUGUAACAUCCGUGGUGUCAUCCAGAAAUGGUCGCCUGUUAGUAGCAGGAGCUCCACGAUUUAACCACACUGGCAAAGUCAUUGUCUUCACUUUGAAGAAUACGGGGAAUCUCACCAUCCUGCACUCACUCAAGGGCCAUCAGAUCGGCUCCUACUAUGGUAGUGAGAUUGCACCUCUGGAUAUCGAUGGAGAUGGCAUAACUGACAACCUUUUGGUGGCAGCACCAAUGUUUUUUAGUGCAGGCUUGGAGAAAGGGAAGGUCUACAUCUACAGAGUAACUGAACUGAAUCGUUUCAUCCCAGAAGGAGCAUUGGAAAUUCACAAUGGUGGCCAGAACGCUCGCUUUGGGUCCUCCCUCGCUCCUGUCCCUGACCUCAAUGGUGAUGGCUUUAACGACUUGGUGGUGGGAGCGCCGCUGGAGGAUGACCACAAAGGGGCUAUUUAUGUUUUUUUUAGCCAGCAAAACAGAAUACUACGGAAAUAUAAACAGAGAAUAGCAGCCGUAGAUUUGGCUGCAGGCCUGCAGUAUUUUGGCCGCAGUAUUCAUGGCACCAUGGAUAUGAAUGAUGAUGGUUUAGUGGACCUGGCAGUGGGUUCCCUCGGUGCUGCUGUUCUCCUCUGGUCAAAGAGCGUCGUAAGGAUAUAUACUAAUGUCAGGUUUGAACCCAGUAAGGUUAACAUCUUUAUGAAAGACUGUCAGCGUGGAGGCAAAGAUGUGACUUGCAUGUCAGCUAUUGUGUGCUUCAACAUCACUGCCAGGACGGCCGUUCCUCCCACACAGGAAAUUGGGAUCAGGUAUAAUGUCUCCAUUUUGGAGAGACGUUUCAAUCCUCGGGCCAUAUUGGAUCAACCAAACAAGAUGCAACCUCAAAACCUGACGCUCUCUCCUGGUGAAGAGGCCUGUGAAUACAUCUACUUCCAUGUCAUGGAGACCACCGACUAUGCAAGACCUAUAGUGUUUGCUGUGCAAGUGGGAUUACAAGAUCCGGACCAGGGACCUGUUCUUGAUGACAGCUGGCCUGUUGUUGUAAAGACCGAGCUGCCCUUCUGGAAUGGCUGUGAUGAGGAUGACCGCUGCAUGCCUAACCUUUCACUGCAGAGCAAAAAUGACCUGAUGACUCGAAAACAGUUCUGUGCUCGUCCCAUGCAAUCUCGUGGCCUUUUCUGCCGCCAUCAGGGGGGAGCAGAGGCAGAGGGAUCGCUGCGGGUGAUUGAGGGGAACAAGAAAAGGAUGGUGUUAGACGUGAAACUGGAGAACAGAGGAGAAAAUGCCUAUAAUGCUGUCAUCAAUAUCACAUAUUCACCCAAUCUGCGCUUCUCAAGCCUUAUAGUCAAGGACACAUCUGAAAUAAAGAUUGAGUGUAAUGCAGUGGACAGGAAAAGAAAUGAGAAGAUCUGCAAUGUCAGUGCACCAUUCAUGCGAGCAAAAUCACAGGUCUUGUUUCGCCUGGAGUUUGAGUUCAGUCGCACCAUCUUCCUGGAAUACCUCAGAGUUCUCCUGGAGGCAAGCAGUGAUGGUGAAGAAGUGAACAUAUCUGAUAAUUUUGAUGACAUCUAUUACUCACUGAAAUAUGAGGGAGACCUUCUCUUUACCAGGGACUCAGAUCCAACGCGGUAUGAGAUCAAAUCAGAGCUCUCACUGGAGGAGCCUGGAAUUAUUGGCCCUCCAUUUAACUUCACAUUCCAGCUCCAGAACCUUGGAUAUUUCCCAGUUAGAGAUCUGCAGCUGAACAUCGAGAUCCCAGAAAUGACAAAAAACGGGAACCAGCUCCUGCAGAUAUUUAACCUCCAUGUUGAUCAGAGAGAUGGAACAAGCUGUUUACCACCCCAGCAUAUCGCAGAGAGCAGAGCUUCACCUGAGGAUCUCUCCCGCUUCUCCCGCUUGAACCGAUCCAACACACUCACCUUGCCAAUCCAGUGCACAGUUAAUGUCCCCUCCCACAGAGAUGUCUGGGUUCAAAUCACAGGAGCUCUGAGAAUAGACACAUUACAUGCACUAAAGUUUAAAGUCCUGGAACUGAUAACAAGCGCUUCAGUGGAGCUCCCCUCUGCCAGCCCCAUGUUUUUACAUGAAGAAAAGCCUGUCAGACAUAUAAUCCUGGAGAUCAGGAAGGAGGGAGAUUACAGAAUCCCUACCUGGAUAAUUGUUGGCAGCACGCUGGGAGGGCUCUUAUUGUUGGCUCUUCUCAGUCUGGCUCUGUGGAAGUUUCACCAUGCAUAUAUCGUUUUUGUGACCUUGUUUCUUUGCAUGACGUAUCUUCCAUGCAGCUUGGGUUCUUCCACAGACAGAAGCGAAAAGACAAGGAGGAACAGGAGGCCAACGGGAAAGUAGCAGAGGAACGGUAACCCUGGCUGUGUCGUGCAGACACCUUUUCCACAGGGGACGAGACUCUCAGGGACCACCCCACCUCCACUGCUCGCACAGUGGCUGUUACACAGACAGAGCAGCAUCUCUGCUUAUGCAAGGCUUAUUCAGUGCACUGGACCUGUCCCAUGUCACCAGCCUCUGACCCUCGUGUCAGCACUGUCGCACUCACUCAGCAUUCUUGCACUGGUACAAUAUUGGUCCCACUUUUUAUCUCUGUAUUCCACUGCCUGUGGUGUCGUCCCUCCACGGAUCUUGGAGCUGUGGGGAUUUUUAUUCUUCCUGGCCAUAUGUUAAAAUGAAGGAAACCAUCUUUAUGAAUUUGGCUCAACAUAUUUGUUGAUAUUUCCUUUUUGUUUAUAUUUAUUUAAUAUUAAUUAAUCUUUUAGAAGAGUUUGUACCAAAUAAAACACCUCAUGGAUGACUUUCUGCACAACUGAUGAUGCAGCUUUAAAGGUAUUAUAAUAAUACCUUUAAAGUUGCAUCAUCAGUAUUAAUCUGCCUUGUGCUUACUGUAGGUGUCAAAGCUUAUGAAAAAAGGAAAAUAAGAUGCAUGACUUUGAGCUUUCAGAUACUUUUCUCUACUUAUAAAAAGGAUGCUCCUGAAUGUCUUCUUUUAACAGACAAAAGAUAGUUUUUAAACAUUUUUGAUGCACUUUUUUUUACAUCUUAAAAAGUUAACUUGAACUUGUAAAUAACCAAGUGCCUUUAAAAUACCCCUGCAGUACCUUUUUUUGUUUUUUACAUAUUUUAUAUUAAUAUAGCAUUCCUGUUUUAAGUUAAGCAAAAAAAACUCGACUUUAUGCUACAAAAUAAUAACUAAGACGGUUUCAUGCCUUUUAUUGUGCACUGCAUCAGAGCAAAGUAUGCAUGAAAUACUAAAUAACAAGCAAGUGGUUUAAUUAAGAUUAGAGAAAACACAUGUGGGUUGGUGUUUUAUAUUGACACGUUGUGAAAAGAUGUAAUAUGGUCAAAAAUAAAACAUUU